AUGGGGAAAACCAGCAAAGAUAAACGAGACUUGUACUAUAGACGAGCUAAGGAAGAUGGAUACAGAGCAAGAUCAGCAUACAAACUACUUCAAUUAGACCAACAGUUCAAUCUACUAAACAACAUCACUCGUGUUGUAGAUCUCUGUGCCGCCCCAGGUUCUUGGUCGCAGGUACUUAGUCAUAAACUUGGCCCAAACCCGGAUGCCAGAAUAGUUGCUGUUGACUUACAGCCAAUGACCCCAAUAGACCAUGUCAUUACUUUACAAGCUGAUAUCACUCACCCAAAAACAUUGCAACAGAUCAUGGACUGUUUCAGAGGAGAUGGAGAUGGGGAUGAUGACGGAUUGGCAGAUUUUGUAUGCAGUGAUGGUGCACCUGAUGUCACUGGUCUACAUGAUUUAGACGAGUACGUGCAGCAUCAACUUGUGUGGGCGGCUUUCCAAUUAACCACCUGCAUUUUAAAGCCUGGUGGAGCGUUUGUGGCAAAGAUCUUCCGUGGCAGAGAUAUAGAUUUGAUGUAUAAGCAGUUGCUGAAAUUUUUUACGGAGGUUUAUUGCGCUAAACCUCGCAGUUCACGAGGCACUAGUUUGGAGGCAUUUAUUGUGUGUCGAGGGUACAAACCUAUACCUAAUUGGACGCCAAAAUUAGAUUUGAAUCAACUGACAGAUGAGUUUUUCGAAGGGGCUGGAAUCAAACACAAUAGGGAUGUAUUUGAUAAUAAAGAGGAAGAUGAGAGGUUGGUGGUGGAGUUUGUUGCGUGUGGUGACAUUAACGACAUUGAUUCUGAUGCUACGUACUCGUUGGAUCUGGAGUCGAUAACUUUGGAUCCAGUUCAAAGGCCAACUGCACCACCAUACAAGAAGGCACUAGAAAUGAAGAGGGACGGUUUAUUAACGAGAAGGUAA